CCAUGUGACCUCUGUGAUCAUUCACAGAUUUCACAAGUAGUAAGCAAUGAUGUCAGGAAGUUACAUCUUGCUUACUACUAUUCAUGUGAUCACUGAUUGGCCAAUCAGUGAUCACAUGAACGGGACCUCACACAGAGGUCCCGUACAGCGAUCAGUGUUCUGCUGUGUCCGGAGGACACAUCGGGCACCACAUCGUGGUGCCGCGCGCUCACAGGGAGCGUGCACAGGCAGGGAAUGCGGGAGGACGUUUAUAAACGGCCACCGCUCCUGCACUGCUCCCGUCCGGCCGUUUAUGUAC